AUGUCCUUCUAUUCUCAGUGGUACGAACAAAAUGUUUGCCUUCGUGGUAACAACUCUAGUGGGAAUUUGGAUGAUUCCAUUCGUCCAACAUUAUCAAGACCAGGAAGCUUUGAAGCAGUCCAGGCUGAUUUGACCGCUGCUCACGUUACUGUUUGCUCCAUUAAAAACAGAUUGGUUUAUAACAUUGAAUACAAACGCCCCGAAGGUUUACCAAAGUCACCCUCUCAUUCAAAGCAAAGUUCUAGUGUGGGAAAAAUUCAUACCAGAGAAA